AUGCGAUCUCUCCUGGAUUGCUCCACUUCUGGAGGAAUCUCAUCGCUUGGACACAACAUUGGGGCUUCUUUGCUUUCGCACAUCACCGGUGUGGGCACCGGAUCACUGGCGCAUUCACGCUCAAGCUAUUUGGUUUCAACACGCCUUCGAACUAGUAUAGCCUUCAAGAUCCAUGCUUUCGCGCUUAUGACCUUAUCUGUGCGCACAUUACACACACACAACAGCGCUUCACCAACUCCCAAAGUGCCUCUCUCUCCAGAUCUCUUAUCGGUGUCUAACGCUUCGCCAAAUGGGACUCAUCCCCGUCUGUGCGAAAACGAGGCUUCAUCGCAUCAUUCCCCCUUCCCCAAGUCGGAAGCAAACACAUCCUAUGGGUCUGGUCUAGCUGCACACCAAAGGGGUGCGAUACAACCAUCCAAAGAUGCGCCGUACACCCCGUCAGAGGUUUGUGCGUUUUUGCUACUCCUCCUGCCGGAGUCAACAGCCGGGGUUCAAACAAUUUCAGUUAAGGAAGCUUUACAUCAGCUCCCUGGCGAGAUGCAAGAGAUGGUUUUGCAGCACCCCGGUGGUCUAGUGCGCUACGUGCAGGAUCAUUUUUCGCAGAGUAUCAGGGUUAGUGCAGAUGGCACGGCGUUUCACCGAGUCCCAAAAUUGGCACAGAGCAAAACCUCGAAUGACCAAAGCGCCUUACCGAAGGCGGUUAAAAAGGAGGUGUCCCUGAGCCCUCCUCCUCCUCCUCGACCAAGUGCCACCUUUUCAGAGCCACAACCUCUUUUUUUCGAUAGGCCUCCUAGACCGGCUGCGGUUUUCGAAACUCCUUCGUCAAAUCCACCCACGGACACCGAAACAGCAACACGGCGCUUUCGCAACAAUAUUGAGAUCCUUGAUGCAUUAGUUGAGUACAUACCAACUUUUUUUGUUCACGCCGAGGCAAUCGCCUCGACGCUGCCGCCGGAGCUUCAGGCACUCUAUUCUGGCACAUCCUUCGUCUACUUCUUGAAGCGUUUCAAGCACUACUUGGAUAUUCGAACUGCGUUUGGGAGUACAAAAAUAAAAUUAAAGGAGGACUUCUUGCAUCCAAAAAGGGGGACUGCGGACGCACGUUACACGACGGGGAAUGACUCAUCGCGGGGAGUUGAAAGUCCGCGUAGUCCACCACGAAAUUCUGAGGCUAACUUAUUGUUGAGAUUGUUGCCUCGGGUGCCUAAAGAGUUCAAGUCAUUUGCAGAGGUGCUGCAGGAGAUCUCCGAUAUUGUAUCGCGCCAUCCAGCCUUUGAUCCACGGCUUGGGGUGAUGGGAUUUUUGGAGAAGUACCCGGAGUACUUUCAGGUUGCCGAGGGUAAGCUGCGUGUGCGUCCCUAUUCUGUCGCCCCUAACGCUUUGGAUGAACUCGACAUCUCAUCUUCCCCUUUUCCAGCAACCUUUGCGAAGCUGAUGGAGCCCGUCGAUUUCAUGGCGGAGGGUAAGACUUAUGAUGAUGACAGUAGUCGUGUUUCAGCGAGUGUGCCGACCAGUAAGCUUUAUGGCAUGUUAACGGAUGGGGAAAGAAAUAAUAUCAGGGCGGUGUGUCGCUCCUUUCCGCGGUUUCUGCGACUCCACGGUAAAUCUAUUGUUGUGUCUCCUGAUAAUAUGCGUGUCUAUAAGUUUAAGCCAGAGUACGAACGCUGCGCGGAAACACUGUUGAAUGCUCACACGUCGGGAAUGGAGGUAUCCCCUGACGAUCCGGUGCUUCUUAUUCCGGAGACAAUGGAUGAGAACACCAAGGCCGACUGGGUCUUUAGAGAAUUGUACAAUGCGCUACCUUUGAUGCAGUGUGCUGAGUUGGAGGAUGUGCUUGUGUUGGUUCCCGAUGCGGUGCGAGAGGCCCUGCCACAGGAUAUGAAUGAACUGAUGUCCAUGCUUUCAGAGUUUCCAGAUUACUUUGACACGUGGCCGUAUCCAGACGACACAUCGGUGAUCAUUAUCCAGCGUGCGAAGGUCGGAAUUCCGGUUUAUGAAAAAGAGGAAAUUAUUAAGAGUGUAUUGCCGUUGAUACCACAAGGAGGGUUGAAUCUGUCGUCACUCAGAAGUCGAGUGCCGCUACCAUUACAACGCUACUUUUACCGAUAUGGGGUGAGUAAGACCUUGGGUGAAAUGGAUCAAAUAUUCCGUAUUUCAGGCAAUUGCAUCAUUCGCAUCGCGUGA